CCUGAGAGUUUUCCGGGUCCCCCGGAGCAAGUGAAGGAUCCCGCUCCAGGGGCCCCGAAAAACUCUCGUGGGGGCCCCUGCGGGGCCUGGGGCAAAUUGCCCCUCUUGCCCCCCCCUUCUGGGCGGCCCUGCUAAGGAUAAGAUCCCAGGAAGUUGAAUUUUUUACAUUUCUCCUUUUUUACUAACGCAAAUUCUAACCGUUCGCCCGCCGGAGUUUGGGUUGUUUACUCCUUGUUCGAGAAAAUCUCUCUGCAUUUUAGAAGCUGUUGGGCUCCAUCUGGUGGAGACAGCAAAGAACAACAAAAAUGAAUAUUGAAAAUAUAACUUUUCCUCCUUAAUUGAGUAGGAAACAAAUACCGCUGGGAGAUUUUGGUUUGUUCUCAUCAGUGAUACUCAGCCUGGAGCUUGGGGGGGUCUAAGUGAAUUGACUUUUCAUUUUUUUUUAACAGACAGUGAUUUUAGAAAAACAAACAAUCCUACCCCCAAAGUUGCCCUUUGAAAGGGGAAAUGUUUGAGGAUUCUAAAUGGACAGUAGCGCCUUGUGGUGCGUUGUAUUGAAUUUGCUGCUGCUCUAUCCCCAUAGUUUGUUGUUUUGUAUCUGCCGUUUCCCCCCAGGGUUCCCAGGGCUGUGAGGACCUGAGGGACAGGCCAGCACAGGGAAUAACGCUUGGCCCACACGGAAGCCGGGCUGCUGGGUCUCAGUUUGGGGCUUUCCAUGGCCAAUCAUAUUUCAGUCCUUCCAUUUUGGGUGUCACAGUGUAAACUGAAACUGGAGCUAAUUUAAACUGUAUUCCAAGUACUCAGCAAAACACGCCAUGGGUAAAAGGGAAAGAGAUUAUACUGGAAGAAAAAGGAAAAUUAUUUCCAAGUACCUAACAGGGUAUCUGCCAUGCUUCUGGAUUUAGAAAAAUCAGAACAGAAAGCAACUUUAGCUGAAAUGACAAAGGCCAAAGUCUAUGAAUCCAACCCCAUCACUGUGAUCCAUAUGACUAGACCCAAACUGAGCUGAGCACUCACAUGAUCCAGGGAUGGAGGAUCAUGUCCCAAGGCUGGAUUCUAGCCAGACUAAUGUCAGUGUAAUUCUUCCAGGUUUAAAUGAGAGCAGAGUUUGACCCAGAAUGUGGAGAGUGGUAGUGAGGAAAUGGUGAAGUGGGCUGACAGGCGAGCACCAGACACCACCGAUUUGCUCAUCUUAUAGUUUCUCUAUAGAAAUACAACUCAGCACAUGACGCUUGCACCCAGACACAACUAAGGCACAUGCUCAUGGGGCACUGAAGUUAUUGCAGUAACAUGCAGUGUGUGAACGCUGCUUCCUACUGCAAAGGAGACAUCAAAAGACACUUAAGGGCCUGAUCCUGCAGUGUGCUGAGCACUUCCUGAACAGUGCCCCCACCUCCUGUGGAUUUCAGAGGUGUCUCUGUAGCGGUGUGAGAGAGGAGAUGGAAGCUGCUCCAUAUACACUAGCGCUCAGUGCAUCCAGGUGCGGGUUGACAAGAGCUUGCUAGGAGUGUUGUCAGUGUUGAAUCCCCACCUUGAACCUGAGGGACUCAAAGGGGUUCAGGCAAAAGCAUCACAGCACUAAUCAGUGCCACAGUGCUACCAGCCCCUCCCCGCCUGCUACUGAGCCUGCAUGAUGCAAAUCAGAAACUUUCUUCUCUUCUUUCCUAAAGAUUUUUGUUGUUUUCUUGUUAACACAACUACCUCAUUCGGAAACUCUACAAUGCAACCCAGGCGAAUAUGAAAUAAAUGGCGAAUGCUGUCCCUUGUGCAGCGCCGGUAGGUCUAUCUGAUUGCUUCUUUAAAAAUCAUGACCCUUCCCUAGAGAGUCGAAUUGUCCGGCCUCCUCCGGAGAGCUUGCUCACCUCUAUUACUGUGAAUCUGACUGGUGGUGAGGACACAGAUCUGUCCAUGUAAACAUCUCACUGCUUGUUACUCACCUGCCAGUGGAGGACAUAGAGAGGAUGGUUCCUGUGGCCUGGGACACAGGGGAUCCAGAAGGAGACGUACUGUGAUACUUUGGGGAGCAGGGUGCUCAAACAUUGUAGACUAAGUAGCUGGACAACUUGCAUGCCCUGUGUGGACGACACAUAUACAGAGCAUCCCAAUGGCCUAACAGAGUGCAUGAGAUGUAAAGUCUGCGAUGCAGGAGCCAGACUGUUGGCAAAAGAAAAAUGCACGUAUACGAAGAACACCGUGUGCGGCUGCGCCCCGGGGGAUUUCUGCAGCCGCCCGGCAUGGCUGGACUGUGGAAUGUGUAGUGCCUCCACCAUCUGCCUCCCUGGCUCUAAGGUGAAAAUACCUGGCACAGAAUUCAGUGACAACGUAUGUGAGGUUUGCCCUGAUGGAACCUUCUCAGCAACCAACAUGUCACACACCUGUCAGCCAUGGACCAGGUGUGAAGAGGAAGGGAUGACAGAAGGAAAGGCCGGGACUGCCACUUCUGAUGCAGUUUGUGUAAAAGGAGGCCUUUCUGCCACAGGGCUGGCAUUGAUAAUUGUCUUUUUAGUUUUAAUUGUAUCUGCGGUGUUUGGAGCAGCGUACUUUUUAUGGUGGAGGAAGAAGAGGAAAGAUGGAAGAACACCUGCACAGGACAUAAGGGAUGAGCUAAACGAAGAGGUUAUGGAAAAUUUGAUACGGACUGGAAACACAGGGACUGAUACAGCCCUCCCUGUUCAGGAAACUACUAAAAAUUCCGGCACAUCCACCCUUCACAGCCCCUGAACAAACACGGGCAAGAGCAGAUGCACUUUUUCAAAGUAGGGGAAGAGAGAGAGCCACUCGUCAGCCCUGCACGUGAUAGAGGAGGAACACGGAGAGGAGUCUGGGGAAUGACCACCAGCCCUGGAUUCUUCUGAAGGCUCAGGCCUACUCUAGAAAAAGCUGAAUGAUCCCUCUUUACUGGAUUCUAGUGAUCAUCAUCAAUGUAACUUUAGUCUCUCUGGCUAUAUCCUGUUAUGCUGAAGCCUUCCUCACAGACACAUUGUUACGUGUAAUGUCAAUGGACUCUGGGCUUUUGGUUUCAUUCGGUAACUACACUUAAACUUCCAUCUAUUCAUGACAAUAUUUGGGAGUUCCCACUCACACACCACAAAUACUUAACCUGGUAUCCAGGAACCUCUGCUGGACCAGUUGCUCUGCCAUAUUGGACCAGGUGAACACAAAGCAUAAAGUCAAAAUGGAUUUUAUACAUAGCUUUAGUUUUAUACCAGGGCAGCAGAGGAUUGGAACAGAAAUGUAUUAGUGCUGUAAGUAUUAGCUCUUAAUAUCUCAUCCUACAUUAAAUCUGCACUUUUACUGUCUCUUGUUAAUCAGAUUUGCUUUGAACCUUCUCUAUGUGUAAGAUAAAAUCCCAGGUAAGAACUAUGGUUGGAAAUAAAGCUAAACGUUUUUAUAGUGAAGAUUGGAGGGUGAACUGCACCAACUUGCUACCCUUGAUAAAGCAGCAGUCGGAGGGCUGGACAAUCUAGGUAUUGAUUUGUGAUGCGUAUGAAAGAAGAUAGUCAAGUCACAUUCACCCCAGAGCAGCUGUCCUGUCAGUGGGGAAAACAUGGGCUGUGAAGCUUCAUUCAUUGAUAUAUUUAAGCACUGCUGUGCUUGGAUGAGGGGCAGUACAAGAGAGAAAAGCAGCAUGAUGAUUAUUCUGUGGCAUGGUGGAAGUGGGUCUUGCGGAGGGAUUUGAAGGAGAGCGCUGUGGCCUUUUCGAUUAGUCUGGAGCGGUGAACCAGGCAUAAGUGAGCCGGGGAAGAAAGAGCCAAGGUGCUUGUGGAAGAGGCAGAUGAAUGGGUGAUGGAGGCUGCCAUUGUGGGAGGCCUGGGGGUGCUGGGGGCGAUGCAGUGAGAUCCAGGAGCAGACAAGUAGGGAAAGGCUGCAUUAUGAGGAGUCUUAGAGGUAGGGAAGAGAAGCUUGUGUUCUAUAGACUGCGGAAGGGUGAGGUUGCAUUAAUAUGUUAACCCUUGAGGGCUCAGCCAAGUGCUAGUUCAUCGUUUAGCAGCAAGGCAUUCCCUGGGAAGUAUCCCACCAUCUUCCACCCUCUGACUUCACCCCCCUACCAAGCUUCACCAUCACCAUUGCUAUGUAUACAGCAUUAAAUUGUUUAAAACUUA